AAAUAACACAAAAAUAUAAGAAUAAUAAUAUAUUAAUAUAUAAAUAUGUUUAAAAUGAUGAAGAUGGCAUUUGUGCUUAGUUUGAUUUUACUAUCUUUCUUCACGUGUGGAGAUUGCAAGCGCGACAAGCCUGCGGAUUGCACGAAAGUUCCGAUCGAGAAAUUAGAACCUUGCAAGACGUAUGUGUUGGGCACGAACAGAUGGGACAAACCCGGGAAGGAAUGCUGCAACGCCGUCAGAUCUUUUACUCGUCUUAACAUUGAUCAGGCGGUUGUCUGCGAAUGCUACAGAAAGUCGCCACACAGAUUGUCUUAUAAACCCGAUCCAGUUAGAGCAACCAAACUUCCUUUCUCGUGUGCCAACGCCACCAAAUUUAGAGAGUACCUCUAUUGUCUUGUUGCUAAGUAGAUCGUUUUGACCGGUGGCGGAUGGUCAACGAUAACUGAAUAAGAUGCGAGUCGAUUGCUUAUACAUAGCACAAUAUUAUGCAACAAUAAUGUUUUCUCGAUGUUUAUCUUUAAUGGAAUAACUAAAGUAUUACGUUGCAUUAUUCGUGUUUUUUUAUUUUUUAAAUUUGGCGCUCUUUUGAUUAAAACACGAAAAAGAAGACCAAACAAUUCGAAUGUGUAGGAGAAACAACGAAUUAUUCAACAGUGAGAUAAUCGAUACAAAAAAUUACAUAGAUUACUACAAAUGUUGUUGGAUACAGUUUAUCCUAGUACAACAUGGUAUACUUGUGUUAGAACCUUCUUUUUUUUCUUU